GGUAUCAUUAACCGGCGGACGACUAGGUGGAUAUGUGUGUAUUUUUUCCCUCUUGGUUGCUGAUCUCGCAGAGGAACUCUCUGUGUCAUGAAUCCUUCGGCUUAUUUAGCAACAAUGAGUGGAGAAGAAUUUACCACAUUCCGUAACGAUGGCGGCGGCGAUGAAGAAGAAUUUUUCAGCAAAGACAUUAAUGAAUCACGGUAUUUUCCUUGUUACAAACGAAAAAACAAUGCAUGUAGCUUACGUCUGACGGUUGCCUUAAUAGUUGAAUCUACUUGCCUAAUUAUCUGCAUUAUUCUCCUAGCAUCGCGGCCUGAUUGUUUUCAAAGUCCUGAAAAUGAAACAGACACAGGUACAACGACAGUUACAGGCCCGAUUCUAUCAAAGCAGAAUGUCACCGAGAAAGCUAACAUUUCUGGCCCAGAGCCUAUUAACUCGUUGUGUUUUCCUUGUGGUGAAAUCGAAGGCAAUGUUACAAACAACGACACCGCGGACGCCAUUACACUAAACAGGGAAAUUAAUAUGUGUUGCAUGGAAGAUGUUGGAAAUUUAAAGAAGCUGUUCUUUGUGAUCAUCAACGAAUACUACAGAAACGAUGACGAUAGAGAUAGUGAUGAAGAAACAGAUACAACUAACCAAUCAGAAGAAGCUGUUGGUCCAGUUGCUGGACACGGUGAAGGUGAUCCCCAGUCUAAAGCCCAUUACGAGUCGACACCAUUACAGUUUUGGACGAAGAGGGAGGCUGCUGCCCACUUGUUCCUUGACAACACACGUCUGAAAAGUUCAAAUGAAACUGUCUUGCCUGAUAUAGCUGGCGGAUAUCCAGAAGAAGUCGUGUUUGAAAUACACACCUCGGAUAAUAACUUCAUAAUUUCCUGUGACGUCACCAUAUACUUGGCUGUCCAUCAAGAAUCAGUCAAACGGCUCAUACCGUUAUAGAGAUUAUUGAAAAACAAAUUUUACAACAUUAUCACUUGAGUCAGAUAAAGAACGGAUACAGCUCUGUGAAUGAAUAAUCAGGAGAAACAGAACGCUUUGUGUCAAAGUGGCAAGAAAGAAAAAAAACUGUAGCUAUCGACGUAUAUAUUGAACAUUCUGUGUGAUAUAUGUCGAUUACGGGAUGGCAUGGACAAAAAUAAAACAACGAUUAUGGAUUUACCUUGUCCUCGUGUGUUUACCAUUCUUUUGCAACCACCCAACGGCAAUAUGUUUUAAUGAAUAAAGAACCCAUUUACAAAACUUCUUUGUUAUCCAUGUAAUAACUAAGAUAUUCUAGGUACAAUUUUUUUUUGUGUGCAUUAAUCUUGAAAGUUAUUUUAAAUAAUUAUAUAUUCAGAUUUAUUUAGUGUAAUAUGGGGAAUAUGUAAUGUGUAAAUGUUACAUUUAACUGGUAGGUAAUACAAUAUAUAGAGGAUAUCUAACAAUGUCUUCAGUAAUACCAAAUAUAUUUCACAAAUGUGGUUAAUAUAAUGAUAUUUUUCACAAAUGCGUAGCACGAGUGGAAAAUAUCAAAAUAUUAGCCACAUGAGUGAAACUAGUGAAAAAAUAUCACUUUUAUACCAUGAAUUAUUUUCGAUGUUUCAUUGGUAAAAAUGUAAUAAAGUAUGUUAUUCUAGCUUAUGUAGCGACUAGUUCCAAAACUAUGAACUAUGAAACAUUAACCUCUAAGUAGAAACAUUAAUCGUACACAAGUUCAUACAUAAAAUAUACCAUGUCGGGGGUCAACCAGGGUGGUGUGAGCAUGCGUACCUACAUGUUUCCAUGGCGAAACUUAUGAGACACAAUUGUUGCCAUUGUUGAAAACAAGGGUCUAAAAAUCUUAACAGAUAAAGUCAGAAAGCAUACAUUUAAAUAAGCGAUAAGAUAAGACUUCAAAGUUGUACAAACGCAAGACUGAACGCACCAAUAUCUAGCCUUUCAUUUUUGAUGUUUAAACGAUUUAAACUACUCUUUGCUAAAGUAAUCAGCUAAACACGAUGCGCGAUUUCUCCAAAUACAACUUUGUAUAUAAAUACAACUUUGUAUAAACAUUUGUAAUUCCGUACACAUUUAUAGAUGGCCUGUAAAUCUGUCAACAGAUAGCCAUUUGUGAACAAUGAUUCAGCCAUAUUUUGCACUGCCUGAAAUAGCAUGAUGAGUCAGUUUUGUGGGGAAAUAGAAGAUGCUAAUCAGUCUUAUUUUUGAAAUAAUUUCAAGUCACAAAUAAUGCCUUGUAUGCUUUAAUAUGGCGUAUAUACCUUCUUGUUGAUAAUUUCUUCUUUAAAUUGUAAAUCCUUUCUUGACUGUUUGAAUACCAAGAACUUUUAUGUGACGAAAUACAUGUAUAGUUAUUUGAAAGUGAGUAUAUGCUUAUGAUUUUAAAAUGCAUCAAAUGUGUUAAUAAUAUGAACGAAAGAAAAUAAACCAGAAAAAAAAAGAAUUCAUGCUUUGUCCUUCAGCCCCAGAUGCCAUGUUAUCACACAGAAACGUGUUUUGUCCAGGGCAUCUCUCUAACUAGUUGUUGUCUGUUUCUUUAUUUUUUUCAGAUUCAUUGUCGUAAAAGCUUCAUUGUGUUUAGGUUGUGUUCCAUUGUUAUUUUCAGGUAACAAUAUACGAUAUUUGAUUUCACCCAUUGUCAAUAAAAUGUCAUACUUGUAUGCUGGGGUUUAGAUAUAAUUUUUGUUCAAAUGCAUAGAAAAUGCUUCUUUUAAUCACUGACAAGAUCGUAUAUAUUAUAUUACAGCACCAAGAAUUCCAUGGGAUGGCCAUGACUACCAUAACCUGUCGAUGAUUAGUCAUCUAUUGGUCUAUCAUCCGGAGUCACGGAGUAUCCAAGUUAAAGUGACUGGAUUAUUCUUCGUCUAUUCCUCAGUCACGCUGCAAGCACCUGCGAUUGAUCUAAACGCGCAGGUCUACCAUAUGCUCUUGAAGGAACAUUACCAGCUACCGAAUACAGGAUCAACAAUCAUGAUGAUGAAUAAAUAUGGAGGCGGAAAGCAAUCCAGCGGCUUCUACACCAGUUUCCUGUGCGGAGCGUUCAGGUUACGUCAAGGUGAUGAAAUCUUCGUCAAAGUAUCGAAUUCCACGUUCAUGUACAAUUCUUACUAUUCUAACUAUCUGGGCCUGUAUAGGCUCUCGGUAUAGUAGAAUUUAUCAUGGGUCUGUUCCGUGGACAGGAAUAUCUCAACCAGAGUGACCAUUCUGCACGAGGCUGCCGAGUACUGACCAGCCAAACUUGCAUGCUAAUUGAAGAUUUUUAUGAGAGUUUUCUAUCGCGCCAUCUGCAAUGCUCCUUGAAUGUGUGCCAAAUUAAUGACGUCAUCUACGUAACGUUAUUGUGAGCAAAGUCGUAUUGCGCGUGCCAGCUGUCUUUUUCCCCUGUGUGAGAUCGAUUCAUAUUUUUUCUCGCAACCACGGGAUAACCCUGUAAAGUAUGUGAGAAUAAGCUAUCUCUAUUCUGAGUUCUGCAUUACAACAAAUUCGCAACGAUUAACUUUCGCGAAACAGAGGAUACUAUAUACAGUUUAACGAAACUAAAUCGAAAAAUGCACGGUACCAGAACAUACGCCAGAUGUCUGCUACAGUUACAACUGUGACGGUUAGACUAAAAAGCAAUAUAGCCCAAUAAGUUACAUAGUUCUGGACCUUGGAUUCAAUAGUCCGUAUUACUAAUUGUCGUCACCGUAUUGGUCAUUAAUUGGUUAUUUAUUUGAAAUAUCUUAGAAUCUUAGCUACACUUAAUUACAGUUUCCCAACUCUAGCCUAUGCCGCCGUUUUUUAGUUUACGUUAAGCAUAAGUGACUCUAUCCAUCAACAAAAAAAUUACUGGGUAUCAACCCUGUCAUAACUAACAAAAGUAGGAAUUUUCAUUGAGCAAACAAGGGAUCAUUAAUCAACUAAGCAUAGAGUUAUCCUUUCAAUCUGGCAGUAGAAAUAUAUUCGCGAUCGGGGUUUCAGACGUAGUCACUUAUGGAGUUAGGAGUUUGUGCUGGUUACUGUUCGGACAGUUUGAACGCGCCGACGUUUGCGACACAAAUAUCGGUAUGUAGCUUACUUAAAUGUACUUAUGUUUAUUUUAGCAUCAAUAGACUUGUAACCCCGGAGUCUGUCACGAUUGUGUUAUUAUACCCUGACCUACAUCAAAGAACUUUUUACUCUGAUUACUUUGAUCACCCCUGUAAGUCAAUAAAGUUAUUUAACCUGGCCUUGCGCCAACGAGUCUAUAAACAUUCGUAUCCUGAUCUUAUACCAAUAAAACAAUAGAGCUACCUACCAUUAUCGUUUGCGUUGAAGCAAAUAGCCCGAAGGAGCCAAUAGAAUUAGUUACCCUGACCUAACACCGUAUAGCGCAUAAAAUUUUCGAGAACAACAACAACUCCAGUCAUACAAUUUAUGAAAGGACAUUGUGCCACGAUCAAAUCGAUUUUUUUAAUCUUACAAAGUUUUUUUUACAUUGUUUUUUACCUUUGUUUAAAUUUGUUAUCCAUAUAUUUGGAACUUCAACGUGUUCUAAGAAAUCAAUGCAAAUUCCUAGAUGCACACAAUGCAACGUUUGAAGCACAAUUAUGACUAAAGUUACAAUGCAUCUUGUCCGUUGUUUUUAUGGAUUCUUUUAGUUGUUUUCCCCAAAAGGAUACGUGAAGGUUACCGGAUCGAGUUAAAUAUAUUUUAAUGUUGAAACUAGUAAUGUACUGGUAUAAUGGCGUAUGAUCAAUUUAUUUUAAUUUUAUUUGUAUGUUAUGUUGUCUUUAUUUGUUUAUUGGAUGUUCUGUUUUACCGUUUUUACAACUAAAACCAUUGUUUUUGCUGUCCGCCUAGGAAUGUACAUAGGUUUGAGUUUAAACGUAUUUUAUUGUAACAAAUUUACAACAGGAUUGGGCACAAGUUAUUACAACUUAUAAACGCCCUCUCCUAACACAAUGACAAAUAAAUAAUUACAAAAUGCUAUAAAACACAUAUUUAGUAUUGAAUAAUAGAUAUAUAUUUUUAGAGAGAGAGAGAGAGAGAGAGAGAGAGAGAGAG